UGGCGCGGGUUUUUGUGAUCGUCGGGGCGACGGUCCCGGCACCCGAGGGGCCGCCGGGCCUUGGACUGGGGGGGGGGGCGGGGGCAGGGGGUAGCGGCGGCUCGCAGCUGGUCGGAGGCCGCCAGCGAUGUCGGGGCCGGUGGAUCCGGACGAGUCGUUCGACUUUCUGUUCAAGGUGGUUCUGAUCGGAGACGCCGGCGUCGGCAAAACCUGCGUGGUGCAGCGCUUCAAGUCGGGCAUCUUCGUGGCGAGGCAGGGCAACACCAUCGGGGUGGACUUCACCAUGAAGACCCUGGAGAUCCAAGGCAAACGGGUGAAGUUGCAGAUAUGGGACACAGCUGGACAAGAACGAUUUAGAACAAUUACACAGAGUUAUUAUCGAAGUGCUAAUGGUGCAAUUAUUGCUUAUGACAUUAGCAAAAGAGGAACUUUUGAAUCUGUGCCACGGUGGAUAGAAGAUGUGAAGAAAUAUGCAGGUUCAAACAUUGUACAGUUAUUAAUUGGUAACAAGUCUGAUCAGGAUCAUCUCCGAGAGGUUGAAUACCAAGAAGCCCAAACUCUUGCGGAUCACUACGAUAUAGUGUCUGUAUUAGAAACUUCUGCCAAAGAUUCUAGCAACGUGGAAGAGGCUUUUAUAAAAAUGGCCACGGAGCUAAUGCUGAGACACGGUGGGCCAGUGUUCACUGAAAAAGCAACAGAAAGCAUCAAAUUAAAUAGCAAGGAUGUGAAUGAAGGAUGGGGUUGUAGCUGCUGAUGUUGCAGGUUAACUUCAUUGGGUUUUGCAUCUCAUUUUCAGAUAGAGGGAUAAACCACAAAUGUGGUGUAAAUCACUUGGAGCCAGUAACAUUUUAGGCAUGCAUUCUUGAAAACUGUUGUGAAAUGUGUCCAUUCCUCCAAUUUGAAGCUGACGGUCCAGUUUUCACUGAUUGUGAAGUCUUGCCAUUCCAUGUACCUUGAAAUUCCAAUAAGAACAGUGGUCCUACUGCCUUAACUACUGAUACUGAAACACUCAUUUACUCUACCAGCCAUUUUUGUAAUUAAUUUUAUAAUUCUGAACAAUAUUUUGUGGAGAAGACCUGAACAUUUCAAAUGUGAACAUGUAAUCGAGAUUAAAUUAGAACUAAUACGUGGGACUGCUCAUGGUUAAAACUGCUUGUAAGCAGUGGGGGGAGAAAGGCGGAGUGUACAACUAGCUAUUUUUCUUUUGCAUAUCUAUUGUUGCCUUACAAUUAAAAAUGCAUUCCAGCUAUUUUAUGUGAGAUAACAGUCCUACGAAUAUUGUUCUUUUAAAAUCAGUUCAUGCUUUACUGUGAGAUAUUGUAUACUUGUCUGACCUACUUUUAUAGGUGGUGAUUUAAUCUGAAACUUGAAACAAAUGCAUGUCUAUAGCAAUUACAUUUUGAGAAUGAUUCUGCACCCUUUGCUCAGUGUGUUGUGGCCCACAACAGACUUGGCUGUUUUGUGCUCCCAAGACAACAAUGUAAUUCUCACUGUUGAUUGGAAAUUAUCAAAGAGCAGCUUAGUGAAGGCAUUGGCUAACCUAGCAACAGAUAAUUGCAACUCCUUGCCUGGGUAUUGUGCUUUGUGAUGUGUGGUUCUGCAUGUAACUUGGAUCAAUGCCAGCCUUAUUAUUGAUUCAGGGUACAUGGUUUGUAUUGAUGAGAACAAAGCAUUCAGCAACAGACGGUACAGAUGUGGUCUUCGCCUUGCAUUUGCAAAAUGCCAGCAGGGAAAAUCUGUCCUGGAAAAUGCAUUGUGCACUUUAUAUAAGAAGAAAGCUGGUUCCCGAAUAACAGUAAAAAUUGGUUAUGAAUUUGUUAUUAGACAUGCCUUUUGUGUUAGCAGUGAUGGUGGGGGGAGCUGAGUUUUAUUGAAUUGACUGUAUUACCCAACAAUCUCUUAAAACUAAGCUUGAUUUUAUUGAAAGUGACAGCACUAUUUUCUGAUGAUGCUUAUUUCAGAUCAACAGUAAUAUUUCACUAUCCAAACCAAAGAAUCCCAUUAGCCAGAGAAAUCAUUGGAUGCGGUUAGGUAUAAUGUUUUUUAGAAGGCCAUUAAAUAAUUUUUUUAUGCUUGUGAUGAAAUAAUGAAAUUCUAACAAUAUAUAUUUUAAUAACUGGGUAAAGUGUAGUGCCUACAAUAUUUAACUAUAUAUGGAAGACUUUUGCACAGAUUGUUGUACUAAAAUCUAGUUUAUUAAUUAUAGCUUUUUUGGAUAUAUACUAAUGUAAAAAAUUAAUAGCAUUGCUACUAUUUUACUUAAAUAUUAAGUAUCAUAUGGUAAUAUAAUCGUUCAGUAGUGCAAUUUGAUCUGAGAGCUCUGUCUCAAGUCAGUAAUUUAUUGGGGGUAAAAUUUGUCUUUGGUGACUGGCGCUGAAUGCACAUGGAACUUGCUCACCAGUUUUACCUUAAUGUCGAUCAUAUUAAACAUGUUUCCCCCCACCCCCACAAUUUUUUUGUUUGUGCAGUAUUAUUUUUUUCUUCACCCAUCAUCUCCAGUACAGUAUCUAUUCCUGCUAUCUACAAGGUAAAUUUUCUACAAAAAUAAUGCCUGGCAUUUACAGCUCAACUCUUUAUGGGGGAUAAACUUGCAGUGAAGUGAUUGUCAUGGGAAAUAGUCAUAUUAAUGCAGAGACAUUGCAUUUCUAAGUUUGUGGGAAGAUCUACUGGAUUGGAAUAUUACCAUGUCUGGCGUGGCUUGAUGCAUCUGCCAGUCAGGAACUGAUUUUAGCUCCCAGUGGGACAAGGCAACCUUCCUGCUAAGCAUCUGAAAUUGGAGCAACAGCAGAAUUUAACUACUAAGCCUUGUGUGAAUGCUGCCUGUUGUUUGUUUGCAUCUUUCAGAGUGAGAGGCAGCUAGACACAGCAAGGCCACAAAAUCAAAUGGCCUUAAGUUUGUGGGUCAUCUUUGUGAGAAAGCAGCUGGCAAUGUGAUAAGUCUGGGAGGCAGCGGGGGUUGGGUGUUCUAAAGGUCAUAGAAGAGGAGGCUGUAGCACAAAAGUACUAAAUAUUCCUUGGAGAGACCAGAGUAGUAUCCCUUUUGCUCCUAGCCUCACCAAGGAAAUAUUAUUUACCUUUUUUGUUUGCCCCCCCCAGCUUGCUGAUAAGUUUUUUUUCUGACUGAGAGCUCACUUGAGAUGCCUGGGUCAGGAGAAGGUUCAAACUCUCAGACUCUCAUAUCCACUGGGAAGCCAGUGGGUGCUGGACUUGCAGUCAAAAUCAGCAGUGUUAUAAUGGGGUAUUGGUAGGACUGGAGUUCUACCAUUUUAACUGUUGCCUCACUGUUUUUCUGCAGGUUAGAGUAUUAAAAUUGAGCUUUUUAGCAUGGAAAUGGUUAAAAAAAAACACUUCCUUCCUCAACACCAAUAUGCUGCUACAGUGGUGCAGCUGGUAGAGCUGCUGCCUCACAGCUCCAGUGACUCAGUUCAAUCCUAAUUUUGGGUACUGUCUGUGUAGAAUUUGCAUGUUCUUCCUGUGGCUGCGUAGGUUUCCAAUAAGUACUCUGGUUUCCUCCCACAGUCCAAAGAUGUGCAGGUUGGUAGGUUAAUUAGCCAUUGUAAAUUGCCCUUAGUGUGUAACCGAAUCGUGGAAUCUGGAGGAAGUUGAAGAUAAUAUGGGGAAAAUAAAAUGGGAUUAGUGUAAAUGGGUGCUUGAUGGUCAGUGUGGGUUGAAGGGCCUGUUUCCAUGCUGUCUGAUACAGUAACCAAUUUUCUUCACCUCAGCUUCCACAUUAAAGGUAAAGCCUCAUUAAGGUAAUUUGAUUUUUAUAGUAACCAGAUAUUUAAUUCUAUUAAAAUCAUUUGGAAACUAAUCAAGAUCCAAGUAUCAAGACUAGUUCUGUUUGGGCUUUAUUAAGUCUUGUGUUUAGGAAUGGCUUGUGUAUUUUGCUGUAGAUUGAUAGUAAUUGCUUUCAGUAAUUGCCUUUUACCUAAAUGAAAAAAUCUUAAAAUUACAUUGACAUUUUCAAUACAGUUUUCAAUUGUUAUACUCAAUUUAAAACAUGCAUAUAUACAUAAAAUUGAUGAUUAGUCCAAUGCAUUGUGAAAAAAUGUGCUUAAGUUGCCUCAUUGAGCUGAUUGUCAGUCUAGACAGUAUAAUAAGGUAGCAGCUCAACAAGUGUUGUAGAUGUCUGGUUAUUUAUACCCUAUGAAUUCUGUCAGUCAUACGGCUGUCCUCUGGUUAUGAUGAUGACAGAUGUUCAAUGUGGUUUUCUCAAUAAGCACUCUUGUUAGUUUAAAGACUUAAAUAGUGUAAGAUUUUUGUGACCAAGUUCAAAAUGUUCCAGCUUAUAUAAAUGUGACAAUCUUCAGCAAUGCAUAUAGCCUAUCUAGUUUAUCCAUUAAUCUAAAGAAAUCUCUCCAGUUUGGAUUGCUUUAAGCUGAGUGUUUACAGAUCAUUUUUUUUAAAAAAAUCAGGUUCAUGUAUUCUUGAGAAUGCAUAUUCAUAGUUCUUAAUUAAGUGACAUGGAGCAGGUAAAGUUAGCCUUCAAUAGUUUCAGUUUUGUAAUGUUUUCCAGAAUCUAAUCUAUUAUAUUUCCAUAUGAAUCAAUGUUUUUUAAAGCAAGUUUUAAGUUCACAAACUUUAUGUGGAACUUGCACUUUGUGACAUUAAGCAAAUGUCUUAGCAAUCUUCUUUUAGAGUGGAAUUUAGUAAAGUUGCAUGCAAAAUCUGGUUCCAUUGUAGCUCUUGCUACAUUCAAAAUUCUCAGACCAAAUAUUCCAGAACUAAUACUGCACUUUAUUACCAAUAUUAACAUAAAAAUGUAGACAAGGGCUCCAUAAUAGGUGUCAAAGUUAUUAGCCUUUUGUAUUAACUUUUACAAACCUUCCAGCUAAUUUUAGUAGGAUAACUAUGUUAAAAUAUUGCUAGAAGAGGAGAGGAAAGAAAAGUGAGAAGAUUUUUAAGAACUUGUUCAAUAUGCACACAAUAUAAGGGAGCAAACUGUCUUCAUUAUGAAUUUCAGAAAGUUUAAUGUUUUUUGCAUAGAAGUAAAAUGCACAAUUAGUACAGACCAGUUCUAAACUGAAUUUUAGCUUUUAAGAUUUUGGGAGCAAACUGCCAUUCGGGGUAAUUUGAAAAGUUUAAGGCUGUUGGCAGAUCAGUGGUAAACUCAGCUUAUUGUUAAAUGUAAAUCUCAUCACUUGUUCCUCUACCAUGUCACACAGUGGCUAACUUGUAUUGGGAAUGCUCAUGAUGCUUGAAAAGCAGAAAUGUCAGCAGUUGACUGGUUCUGUACUGUCAGUAAUCAAAUAACAGGCUUAAAGAAACAAUGUGAAACCGAAUAUUUUAACUUUGAGCUCAUUGCAUGCAGUUUGCACUGCCUCAUAGCUAACCACAGGGAUGUGCUCUUGUGGUUGAACCCAUUUUGAUAGAAUAUUGUGUUGGUCUGGUGGGAGAUCAAGCAAUGCAAUUACGAUACCUUGCUGCCCCAGCCUGAUCACUUGAAAUAUUUUACAUAUUCUUUUCUCCCUCUACUUAGGAUCUGGUAUAUCUGUUACUUUUUGUGUAUUGUCUAUAUUGUAAAACAUGUAGAAUGAAUAAUAUGAUGUAACUUGAUCUUAAGCAAAAGGAGCGAAAUUACAUAUUGAGGUUUAUUAUUGUAAAAUUUCUUGGAUUAAAAUAAAUCUUGGGCAUUUAGUAUUA